CAGACAGUCUACUAUUCUAACCACAUUCUGAGUUAAGAUAAUCGAUGAAGGGAUCGACUUAUAAGUUUACUUGUUCACAGGAUAAUGACAUUAUGUAGUGUAAUGUAACAUUAUCUUUUUGUAUACCUAGUUCAAAUAUUCCAAAUGAACUUGAGAAAGCAUAGGAUUUUCUUCCUGUUACUUGUUCUAACUAAUUUAUGCAGUGAAAUAUUGGCGAGUAAUUAUGAUCAAUACAUUGACAGAUUAAUAAACGAUGGUCAACUAUUGUAUGAUGACUAUAUAAAACAGAAUCCAGAUUUAGAAUCGACAUUAGAACGCAUAUAUUCAUUAGAACAUCCAAUAUUCCAAGAAGAUUAUCCAGGGAGUUAUGAAAUCACUGAUAGACAAUGGAAUGCAUUGUUGAAUGAAAUCAAUCAAGUCAAAUUAGGCAAACUGCAAGAAAAUGAUAUUGAUAAACCCGAAUCGAUUUAUUCGAAUUUCGAACGAAAAUCUGUGGACAAUGACGAACCUUAUAGAAAUGAGAAAAGUAUUGACAACAUUUUAAAUGAACCAGGUUCAACGGAACGUCGAAAUGAAAUUGCUUAUCAAAAUCCACUCUGGGGUGAACAUAAGGUUUCUGGGGGUUCCAGUGAAACAGGUCAGUGGAUAGAUUAUGCUUUAUUGGGAGCUGGAGCACAAGAUCUACUCAAUAACGAUACAUCAUUUGACAAUUUAAAUCUAUCUAGUGAACUGGAAUCAUCUCAUACAGAGAGUAAAGUUGAUAAUUUACCCGCGUAUUGUGAUCCACCUAAUCCGUGUCCAUUAAAUUAUCAAUCAAAUGAUCUACCAACACCUUGUGAUCAUGAUAUAGAAGAUACCAUUGAAUUUAAUCGACAGUGGAUAUUAAGCAAAAUGCAAAAUGGUGAAUGCUCAUGUGAUAGUGAACAUAUGGAUAAUUGUCCAGUUGAAUCAAAUGAAAAUGAACAUAAAACGAAUUUUGUAUCAGCACAAAAGACAAAUGGGAAGAUUUUCUUGGUCAAUCCAUAUCUACGAGGCGAAAGUCGUAAAAGGCUUGUUGCUAAGAAACGAGUUAAACGUUCACGGAUCUAUCAUUACAAUCCUUAUUUAUUAGGUAGUGUUCAUAAGACUGCAGUGAAAAAAAUUGGACCAUACAAACCAUCAGAAGAAAAGUAUAUGUAGAAAAGUGGAUGCGAAAUUGAAUUGACUGAAUAGUAGAGUAUUACAUUAUUUUAUCUAAGUUCAAUGUAUUAGAUUUGAACGUUGAACGUGUUACGCAUGAUAAUAAAUUCAAUGUUUUUAAUAAUAUAUAUUUG